AUGGAAGACUGCGUGUUACCUGAAAAUCCCAUUCUCGAAGUUUUAUCUCGACUUCUAGUGAAAACAAUCACUCGCUUCAAGUGCGUGUGCAAAAAGUGGCGCGAUCUUGUUUCCGACACCUACUUUAUUGAUCUUCAUCUCUCCAGAUCGCCUUCGUGCCUAAUGAUUCACCAAUACGUAUAUCCAGGCCCAAUAUUAGAGUUGAUAGAAGUGGAUCACGAAGUUGAUUACCACCGUUUAACGCUCGAUCAUGUAAAGAGCCUUAAUCUUCAUCUUACUGCAGUUCGCUUUCAUUUCCUGAUAAUUCAAGUGGGUUCGGUCAAUGGUUUGAUCUGCUUGCUUAGUCAUCGAUUUGAUGUCACUUGCAUAUUCAAUCCUGUUGUCAAAGAAUAUGUGAUCCUCCCUCAACCACCACAUUCGGAGGAUAUAUGGUCAUUAAGUUAUGGUUUCAGAGUUUCAAUGGCAGGGGAAUACAAAGUGAUAAGUCUCCGUUGUGGUUGGACAAAAUCCGAAAAUCAUGAGGCUGAACUCACGGUUGAAAUCGAGAUUUACACGCUUGGCACAGACCAAUGGAGAAGGUUGGGACAAAUCCCUUACAACGUUAACUAUUCCGGGGAUAUGGAUUCUGGUGUAUUUGUGAAUAGUCAUGUGUAUUGGAUUGAUGAUGCCCAAGUCUAUGAUUUCGAUUUGAAUACAGAGACAUUUGAGUUAUUUCCGUCUCCUACAGGGGAACCAAGAGAUGAACAAGAAUCAAAGAAAAUGUUGGGAGUCCUGAAAGGCAGCUUAAGUCUAUUUUCUGGGUCUGCGUUACUUAGGGUUCACCAUUUGGGUGAUGAAGGAAUCUUCUUGGCGUAA